AUGCUUUCACGAUCGAGCCUUCUGACCCAGGGCGCAUGGAUUUCGCCCCUGGCUUUCUGCCUCACCUUUCUUCUCAUUGGGCCCGCUCCGUCCACAUUUGCCGCCCCGCAAUCGGUCGGAGAAUCGCAAGAACAGCGGAACCUCUUCAUCAAGCGCAACGAGCUAUACAAACGGGCUCAAGCAGCGGUUGAUAGUGAGAAUUACAAGGAAGCACGAGAACUCCUGAACCAAACGCUCGAGAUCACCCGACAGAUCCGCCCUGCAGGGCACAACGACAUCAUUCACCUACUCGAAUCGCUGGCGCUGGCCUAUGUGAAGUUAGACGACAUGCCGGCCGCCAUUACGACCUGCCGUGAGAUAGUCGACAUCAAAAAGAAGGACCUCAAAGAAGGUUCAUGGCAGUAUUUCGAUCUCUUAUGGACCGUGCGGCACAUGGAGAUCAUGGCUUCGCUAACCCCCGAACAGCGCGAUGAACUCUUUCGAGCUGAACAGCUCGCCCAGGAAGCCCGAAAUGCCCUGGCAAGGGGCGACUCGGCAACCGGCGAAAAGAGAAUGCUGGAGAUCCUGGAGAUUCGCAAGUCGAUCAUCACGGUCCCUCACCCAUUAAUCUUCACCGCAUUGACCGACCUGGGAAGUUUCUAUUUGGAACGCGGUGAAACCGAAAAGGCCACCGAGCGAUUCCGAGAAGCAGUCGCACUCGGCGAAGCUCACUACAACAAAGAACAAUGUCCCGAUGGGCAUGUUCACCUUGCCACCGCAUAUGUGUUCUUAGGUCGCGCCCUGGCUGCUCAGGGAAAUCUGGCUAAAGGACGAGAGUUGCUCGAAUACGCGCUAAAGAUGCGAGAAAAGCUCUUCCCAAGAGAUGAGUUCCCCAAUGGCCACCUGCACAUGGCAACCAAUCUGGGAGCACUGUCAGGCGUCGCCGAGGAACAAGGAGACCUCGCCGCGGCAAGAACCUACCUCGAACGUUCGGCCGACGCCUACAUUCAGCUUUACCCGGAGGACGAGUAUCCAGAUAGUCACGAAUUUGUUAUUUCGGCACUAAACUCGAUCGGGACCUUUCUCACCAACCACGGAGAGACCGAAGCUGCAAAGCCGUAUUAUGAGCGAGCCCUUGAGUUGAGUGAAAAGCUCUUCACCAGAAUAAAAUUCCCCCAGGGUCACGUUCACUAUGCCGAUGCUCUGUUCGGGCUGGCAAGAAUUCUUUACGAGAAAAACAAUUUCGUGGAGGUGGAGCCGCUGCUGAGACAGGCCGUGCCUAUGUACCUAAACCAUUCGCCACAAGGGAGCAGAAACCUGUUCCUAGCUCUCGAUUACUUAGCAAAUUCUCUUUUUGAGCAGUCGCGGUAUCAAGAAGCUGGGAAAUACUUCGAAAAUGCCAUGGCCGUUGCCGAGCGGAUAUAUCCGGAAACUCAAUUUCCUCAAGGCCAUCCGAACAAGAUCCAAGUUCUGCGUCGACUUGCAGACGUUCAAUCGCAGUUGGGCAACCAGGCUGCGGCAAACCAAUUCAUCGAACGCGCUUCAGCCAUGACAAAUCAGCUGUACCCAGAAGAGGAGUUUCCUGGGGGACACCUCGAGAUGGCAAAUAUUUCCACCGAUCAAGCAUUGCAGUUAAUGGAUAGCGAACCCGAGAAAGCCAAGCAACUCCUCGAGCAGUCCUUGGCCAUCCUCGAAAAAAACUAUCCCCGAGAAGAGUUUCCAGACGGGCACCACCAAGUUGCAGCCGCCUAUUUCUACCUGGCCCUUGCCCAUCAGACACUUGGCGAUGACGAGGGCACUUUAGCUUACAGUCGUCGGGCCGAGGCCAUGCUAGAAAAGCUCUACCCUGCGGACAAAUUCCCCCAGGGAAAUGCUCUCCUGGCCUCGGUUUAUAGCAACAUCGCUAGCGUCUUCAGCAGUCGGGAAGAUCAUGAAACUGCCCUCGACUAUUACACCCGCGGGUACGAAAUGCGCACGCGGCUCUACCCCCAGGAGAUGUAUCCCGAUGGCCACUCCGAAACAGCCAAGAGCUUGAGCAACCUCGGCCGCGAAUACGAAUUCCAAGAAAAUUACUCCGAAGCGACCGCAUACUUCAAACAGGCCCUCACAGCCUGGGACAAUCUCUACCCAAUCGAGCAAUAUCCCAAGGGAAACGAACGCCUGGCCCUGGCUCUGCGAGAUAUGGGCCGUGUCUUUCUCAAGACGAACGACUUGGUCUCGGCGCUGCCCUUCCUAAAACGGGGCUUGGUCAUGUUCCAACGCCUAUACCCCCAAAACGAGUACCCGCACGGCCAUUACAAUUUGGCAGAGAGCUUCAAUCUGGUGGGAGAAACCCUCCGAUUGCUCGGUCAGCAGGAAGAAGCCCGCGAUCACUUUCAACAAGCCGUAGCGAUACUCGAUUCCCUGCACCCCGAGGGAGGCUACUUAUACGACGCACUAGUCAUCAGAAACCUGGGCCUGAGCGAAUUUCAUCUCGGCAACCUGCCUGCGGCAGGCCAACACCUCGCAAGAGCGGCCCGCGUUUACGAAGCACAGCUUUCCCCAGACAAAAACCCUCAUGGCAGCAUCGAUUUGGCGGACUGCCUGUUCGACCUUGGGCUGCUUCGCGAGCGAGAAGGCAACUUGUCGGAAGCCCUGGUAGUAAUCGAUCGCGCAACUGCCAUGUACGACGCCUUGCUUUCUGAACCAACCGUCACCCAAGCCGGAACACUUUUGGCACUCAUCAGAGUUUCGACCGCACUGGGGGAUAUUAGCCAAACCGAGGAACGACUAGCAAAAGUCGAUGCAAUGCUGGAAGCCUUAUUCCCCUCAGAGGAGUUCCCACAGGGGCACGAAGAAAUCGCCAAGCACAUCGACCGCUGGGGAGAACUGUUUGCGAACCGAGGAGAUCAUGAAGCCGCCGAAGAACAGCAUGCCCGGGCGCUGGACAUGCGGCAAGCACUAUAUCCCGCGGAGGAAUUCCCCAAGGGCCACGACGAACUGGUCACUAGUUUCCUCCACCUGGGUACCGCACUGCAUAAGCAAGGCAAUUUUGCGGAAUCCAUAGAUUACUUUCAACAAAUUGUCGACAUGCACGAACAACUCUACCCGUUGGCCACCCACCCCCGGGGCCGAUUGAAUCGGGUACUCGACUUGGUCCGCCUGGGCGACGCCUAUCAAGCCGCAGAGGAGUUUGCGGCCGCAGAAGAUUGCUACCAGCAAGGGCUCGCUCUUUACGAGGAGUUUUACACCCCCGCUCGAUACCCCGACAGCCAUCCCGAUGUUGCCACCGCGUACAAUCGGAUGGGUGACGUUCUCCUCUGGCAGGGAAAGUACAAAGAGGCCCUGGGUUACUACGAACGCUCGGUAAACCUGUGGGAAUUCUUUUGUUCGCCUGAGCGUUAUCCCAAAGGCCAUCCCUAUUUGGCCAUCACCUACAGUCGUAUGGGAUAUUUGUUGCAUGCCCUUGGUCAAGCCGAACGUGCCGAGGGCUAUUACCAGCAAGCGCAGGCGAUGCUUGAGACCAUUUAUUCGCGCGAGCAGUAUCCCGGUGGGCACGCCUACUGGGCCGAAGCCGCUAACAGUCUGGGCCACUGGCAUCAAUCUCAAGCACAUCUGGAAGAAGCCCGCCGUUACUAUGCAAGCGCAUUGAAAAUCUACGAAGGCUUGGCCCAUGGAACAUACGGAAAUGCAAACCAUGCCUGCACGCUGAACAAUCUCGUGCACCUUCAUUUUGCGGCCGGCGAUUACCCCAGCGCUCAACAGUAUGCCCAGGAAUCGUUUGCCAUUUAUCAACGGCUCUAUCCGCCAGAACGAUUACCCCAGGGGCACCACGCGCUCGCACUCUGCUCACGAAACCUGGCCGAGUUAGAAAUUGCCGCCGGAGACCCGAAGGCAGGCUACGCGCAGCUCGUUGAUGCCUUUUGGACGCAAUUCGGUCUGUCACAAGACGUAAUUACUUCCACUCCAGAUCCCACGAUUCGAUCUCGCACGCAAUCGCUGCGUGGUCCGCACGAUGCACUGCUCACGCUCUGCUGGAUCUACCGAAAUGAUGUCCCCACGGCCACCGCCGAUGCCUUACAAGCCGUGGUGGCUCACAAAACAAUCGUCGCAGAUACGGCCCGACGCCUAGGUGUGAGAGAUGGCCUUAAGCAAAACGACCCCCAGUUUGCAGAAACCCUGCGUCACUUCAGGCCUUUGGAUAGGCAACUUCUCGCCCGUGCUACUCCCGUUACCGACGAGUCGGAAGAAGAUCUCUUCGCCCGCCUACAAACGGUGGCCGACGAAAGAAACCAGCUUCACGAGCAGCUAACCGCCCAAGUAGACGCAGCAGCCGGAGCAUCGCCACCCCUGAAGCUCGAUCUCUCGGAACUCAGACAACGGCUGCCUCAGAACUCCGCUGUUGUCGAGUUCGUGCGAAUGACGCCCUACGUGUUCAAGGCCCAUAAGAAUCAGCCCGCCUGGCGAACGCCGCGCUACGUGGCUUUAGUGCUCACUUCUGAGUCUGAGACGCCCCAACUCGUCGACCUGGGACCGGCCCAGCCGCUUGAAGAUGCCAUUGCCGCCGUGACUAAGCAUCUUCAAGAUGCCUCCACAGGGUCGAGCGACGCCGACGAAGCUACCCUGGAGGCCGAUUACCGCGAACUAGCUUCCACACUACAAACGCUGGUGUUUGCCCCACUCGUUUCAACUCUGGGCGAGGCGAAGUUGGUCUUCAUCGCUCCCCACCAAGAUCUCAACCGCAUCAACUUCGAGGCCUUGGUCGACGAGCAGGGGCAAUACCUCAUCGAAAACUACGAUUUUGCUUACUUAUCCAGUAGCCGCGAUCUGCUGCGUCAACCGGAGGAAGCUGCCACCGGAACCGUCGUCUUCUCCGCACCCAAGUUUGGCUUUGGCCAAGACUUGGCCUCAGCGGGGGCCAGAUCAAUCGCCGGCGGGGCUGCUGCCGUUUCUCCACAACCGGAAGCUAGUCCCGAUACGCUGGAUGCGAUCCCAUUGCAGUGGAGUUCAACAGCAACCAGGCUCGAUGAAGUCGCCGUGCUAGAGCAGACCAUCAAGAGUAAUGCCGAGUCGAUCCCGGUCGUCGAACUCAUUAACCAAGACGCAACCGAAGAAGCCUUCACCGCACUCGAGCCAAGCGGCGUCAUUCAUAUCUCGGCCCCAGCCUUUCAACCUGCCGAACCCGACACGACGCUCGACGAACAACCCUUCAUCGAUUGGGACCAGGGCGACAUCUUCCUGCCCAACGACCCGACUGACCGGAAACUCCCUCCAACGAUUGCAGCCCGAAUUUCACCAUCUCGCCAAACGGUCGCUCCGCUCUACAGCUCGGGAAUCGGCCUGGCCGGUGCCGAUCGAGCCACCCUCGCCAACGAUCCGCAACCGCCUUCAACAAACGACGGCCUGCUAACUGCAGAUGAAAUCAGUACGGCACAUCUUCGCAAGACAAAACUAGUGACGCUCCACCUUUGGGACAACGCCCCCACGGCAACAACGUCGAACACUGCAAUCGAAUCAUUACGCUACGCAUUUCUCCAGGCAGGUUCGCGAGCCUUCGUCACAAAUACCCUCGCGAUGCCCGACGAUGUAACCCAAGAAUUUCUGACUGAGUUCUACUCACACAUCUCCGCAGGCACCUCACCUCAACAGGCUUUGAGAGAGGCAAAACUCUCACUUCUUUCCCAACGACGCGACGCAUCACAGGUAUUGCUUGUGUACAUCUUGUUCGCCGCCGACACUGAAGCCUUCUUCGCAAGUCACUGGCCCUUCGUGGUGGGGGUGGGGCUGCUCUUCCUGAGCGUGCAACUAAUCGUCUGCGCCCGCUUCUUCCACCAGGUUCGUGGGUACGAACGACUCCUCAGUCGGCUCACUCGCGACUACGAAUCCGGCGGCACCGGUCGCGGCAAAGACGAGCGCGACGUACGCAACUUCCCCUGGCUCGGCUGGGUCAACCGGAACUUUCCCGCCAAGUCAACCACCCCGGGCAACUUCACCCGCGACGAAGUGCUGCACGAACUCGACUCUCGAGUGGCUGGCAGCGGCGAUUACCUCCUACUGCAACGGAUGGGUGUCGCCGCACCAUUGCUGGGCGUGCUGCUCACCGUGCUGGGGUUCAUUUGGGUCAACCCACCGGAAGAUCAAGAGAUUUCCAUCGGGCAGAUGUUCCAACAGGUGUACCCCUUGGUUGCCGGUGUCGGCACCGGGGCCGCGUUGGCCUUCAUCAAUCAAGGCCUCCUGCACCUCGCAGGGUGGAAGGCCGAACACCUGCGCGUCAUCGCCCGAAACUGGUUCGACACCGUGAUCUGGAGCAACGUGGGUCUCGACACGCAAGCGGCCACCGUGAAAGCCAUCGGGGCGAUGGACCGCAUGUCGGCAACCCUCGCCUUGUCGGCCGAGAAACAACUGAAGAACGCCGCCCGGCUCGAGAAAAGUGCCGCCGCCAUGCAGGCCGCAACGGCCAGCUUCCGCGAAAUGGUCCAAGCCAUGGGCAGCGAAAUGCACGGCCUGCCCGAGACCCUGGCCGGACUGCAGAAAGCCACCGCUGCUUCGGCCGAAGCCCUCGACAAGCUCCUUCCCAUGAGCCGUCGGGCCGUGGCAGGUCUCGAUGUCUCCGUGGCCGCGUUCCGCAGCGCGGUCGAGCAAGACUUCGUAGAAGCCGCCCGCAAGCAUCAUACGUCAAUCGAAAGCCUCACCGAAUCGGUCAACGCCACCACGGCGGGCAGUCACGAAAUGCUCAGCGCAGCCGCCGAACGCUUCCAGACCACCGCUCACGCCAUCAACGCAGCGGCCGACGCGUUGACCUACCGCAUGAACGAACAGGGCAAUCUCUCAACCGAAAUCGUUGCGACGCAACAGACAUUACGCGACGCAGUCUCCCAACUGACCGAUGCCAGCAAUCACUUCCGCUACACGCUCGACUCAACGGUCACUCCCACGCAACAACAGAUGGGCACGGCGGCCUCUUCGUUCGCAGCUUCGGCCGAACAACUUUCAACGUUCAUCCAACAAGGGCUCGAACCGGCCACCGCGCGACUGGCCGAGUUGCACACCACGCUCGGCGAGCUGCAAAACACGGUUCGCAGAAUCCAAGAAUUGAACGGCAGCGAAGGCGAACUCAGCCGGCUGUCUGAGUCGUUAAAGCAGGCCUCGUCCGCCGCCGAAACCAUGGGCGAGCUGCCCGGCCAGCUUCGCGAAGUGAUGGCGGCUUACGCGGCCGACCAUGCGGAAGAAAACCCCGGCCGAGGGUUACUCGCCGGCCUCUUCCGCUCGAAACCCACCAACCACGCCGCCGGCCUGGCGGGCUGGAUCUCUACCAACGACGUCACCCUGUUCACGAUGGUCCUCGUCGUGCUCAUCGCCCUGGCCCUGCACAGCAGCCUGGUGAAGAAGCGUAAGAGCAACGAAGCCUUGGCGAUGGAUCUCUCCAGCACCGCCGCGGAACUCGACAACACCAUCCGCAAACACGAUACGCUGGACGAAGAACUCCGCAAACGCCGGGCCGAACUGGCAGCGCAGGGCGAGUCGCUCGAGCAAACCGAAGAACUGCUCCAGAUCACCCAACGCGAGAAAGAUCAGCUCAACGAAGAUCUCACGGCCACACAAGAGCUGAUCACCUCACUGCAAUCCAGUCUUGAAGGCCUGCAAACUGAAAACACCAACCUCGAAAGCACCAAUGCCGACUACGAGCAACAACUGCAAACCCUCGAGGAACAAAAGACCGAGCUGGCCACCGAACGCGAGUCACUCAACGAGCAAUUGGCCGGCCUAGGCAAGCAACUGCAGCAAAAACUCGACGCCCUCCGCGAUGUCGAAGAACAACGCUCGCAACUCAGGCAGCAGGUCGAGGAAUUGGAUGGCAUCGUUACCGCACUACGAGCCAAAGUCGACACCACCACAGCCGACCUGGCCGCCACCCGCGAGCAAGCCACCCAGCAAGGCGAACAAGCUGCCGCCCGCAUUGCCGAGUUGGAAGGCAUGGCGGAAGCAAAGGGAACUGAAGUCGAAGACUACCUCGCCAAGCUUCGCCGUGCGACCGAAGCCAUCGAGUCGUUGAAGCUCGAAAAGCAGGAGACCGAAGAGCAACUCACCGCCACCGAACUGCGAUACCAACAGCAGCUUCUGAUGGAAACCACCGUGAAUCGCGAGCUGGUCGGCAUCAAAGGCUCGCUCAAGAAGGUGGCCAUUAUCUUCGACGCCUCGGGCAGCAUGAAAGAAGAAACCACGCAGGGCACCGGCGACCGCUGGAGCGAAGCUCAGCAGAUCGCCCAAACCUGGCUGCAACACCUCGAUGUCGACGAGUGCGUGCUCAUCGUCUUCUCGUCCGACGUGCGAACCUUCCCAGAGGAUGGGUCCUUCGCCAACCUAACCGGCGAGACGGAGGAAGAAGUCCGCAAGAACUUGCUCGACAAGCUCGCCCAAGUCGAACCCGAUGGCUGGACCAACACCCUGGGAGCCCUACGCAAGGCCUACACCUACGAGAGCCUCGACUCGAUCAUCCUUUUUUCCGACGGUGCCCCCACGAACCCCAAUCUGGGAACGUUCGAUGCGGAAGUUGCCCGCUCGAUCUACACCCUCUGCAGCGAACACGCAGACAUCCCCAUCAAUACUGUUGGGCUGGGUAACUAUUUCGACCCCGACCUGGCCACAUUCCUCCGCACCGUCGCCCGACUCACGGGUGGAACCUUCCGCGGCCGGUAG